UCGACCACAAAAGUACGUUGCAUCGACCACAGCACUAGUAGCAACGGCAUCACACGGGGCACAGCGUGACAGCAAGGGCAUGUCAAACCCUGCCACCAUCAACAUGGCCAUUGCCGACGCCUACACGACGGCAGAGGCCAUCGAGCUCGUGUCCCGCGCCGGGGUCAAGAAGGGGAACAUGAGGCUCGACAAGGCCUUUUUGUCAGCAGUGUCAGCAGGCUGUCUUCUGAGCUUUGCGGCCGCCGCAUCGCUCAGCGCCAACACGGCCCCGUGGUUCCAGGCCAAUGCGCCAGGGCUGAUUCGCAUGAUUAGCGCACUAAUCUUCCCGAUAGGGUUGGUUAUGAUAGUCCUGGCCGGAGCCGACCUGUUCACAGGAACAAACUUGUACACAGCCGUGGCCGUUCUUCACGGGCGGUUGUCCAUCUGGAAAAUGCUGGUGCACUGGUUCAUCUGCUUCUGGGGAAACCUGGCUGGCUCACUCUUUGUGACGGCCAUAAUAUGCGGCUACGGCGGGAUUUUCGACCACUCACCGUACCGGGACCAAGCCAUCGCCACCGCCAUAGAAAAACAAGUCAGCCCUCAGUUCCACCAAAUAUUCCUGCGCGCCGUGGGUUGCAAUUGGCUUGUCUGCCUUGGGUGCUGCCUCGGCAUGCAGGGUAAGGAGCUGAUCUCCAAGAUCGCCGGCAUAUGGUGGCCAACCUUUGCCUCUGCCACCCUAGGCUUGGACCAUGUGGUUGCCAACAUGUUCUUCAUACCGCUGGGCAUUUGGCUGCAGACGCCUGGCCUGAGCGUUGGCAUGUAUAUCUGGAAAGGCAUCAUUCCGGCUACUCUCGGGAACAUGGUCGGGGGUGCCGUCUUUUGCGCCGGGUUUUACCACUGGAUGUUCCUCUCCGAGGAACCCGAAAAUCCACGUUGACGGCACGACUUAUAACUCGCAGGAACGGUCAAAAGGGAUUGAAUUGGCAAGCGAAUGUGGGUUUCAUUUGGGCGAGAUGAGAAUUUGAACGGGAAGCAACUUAUUCGGUCCCCAAAGCAAAAUUUUCCUUAUGUUGAACUUGAAGAGUGUGCAUUUGAGUCUGGAUUAAUUACAUCACAGUCGCCAA